AUGUCUUGUAAUUAUUUUAAAUUAUUUAUGUUUUCUAUUCUACUGUGUAUUUUAAUAAUUACACAUAAGUUUUCCCCUGAAAAUGUACGUUAUAAUAAAAAAAAUACGGAUGGUGCAAUAAAUAUAGGAUAUAAGAGAUUACUAGCCGAAGCACAAGAAACAGAUAUAUUUAAAAACCAUUCAGGAGAAAAUUCACUAACAUACCCAACAUAUAAUAAAUUAGAUGAAAAUGAUAUGAGAUAUCCUAAAACAUCAUCUGAUUGUACAUUGAAUAAUGAAAUUCUAGAAGAACAUCGCAAUCAAACAGAACAGGUAGAAUUGAAAAAUAAGAAAAAUAAUAAAUCAUUGUUUCAGAAAUCACAAAAAAAAAAAAAUUACACAAAAAAAAUUAUUAUUGGUCUAAUAGUUUUUUUUUUUUUAUUUCAAUAA